AUGGAGUUGAUCAAAGACUAUGACUGCGAAAUCAUGUGCCAUCCUGGAAAGGCCAAUGUGGUUGCCAAUGCACUUAGCAGGAAGGUUUAUCGUAAUAGUAUGUGUUAUACUAUUACUCACACUACGGUGACGUUCACUAUUCUUUAUGAACUAGAGAUGUGGCAAGUUGAGGCCUUAAAGGCAGAAAAUGUGAAGAAGGAAGGGAUGGUACCAUAUGCUGGUGUUUUACUUGGUGAUCCACGAGGAUUAAAAGUAUUUAAGAAUCGGCUAUGGAUUCCAAAUAUUGGUGGAUUAAGACAUAAGAUUUUGGAUGAAGCUCAUAAGUCUAAGCUGUCAGUACAUCCUGGUACAAGAAUUGAUGAUGAGUUUGGAAAAGUCGAAGUUUGGUCGAUUGAUUCAGAGGAAGAAGAGGUACAAAGGCCAAAUCACGGGAAAAGCUUCAUUGCAAAGGAUGAUGUUUUGGAGUUCAGUGGAAGAUGCAUAAUGGUUAACAAUGAAAUUUCAGAGUGA